UCUCGUCCGUUCGCCCUUGCUCUGUGCUCUGCGUCGCGACUGCUUCGUGUUGUGGACGUGCCUAGGUACAUGCUACUUGCAUAGCACGUACUCGGCUCCCUUGCCUUGCCUUGCCUUUACACGACUCCUGCAUUCCCUCUCUCUGCCUCUCUCUACCUCCCAUCUUUUUUCCUUCUCCUUCGGAGGCCAAGAGAUCGGUAUCCAGUGCAGCUGCUCAACGGAGCGUGGCGCCUGCUGUCCUGUCUGCACGCUGCGAGAAGAGAAAGCUUCAUUCAGCCUGCUGCCAUAGGAAAAAGCACAGAGUCGAACAGUGAGGACUCGAAACUGAAGACCCUCUGCAGACUGUGCGGGUAAGCAAGCCAAGGUCGCCGGCGAAGAAGCCCAACCCAUCCCUGCAUGUGCUCGACGAGAAUUGUCUGUCCAUACCAUACCAUCGUCGCCGUCUGCCAAUUCGACUCUCUCAGUCCCUCGAUCGACCCAUUCGAACCCGCCCAGCAGUCCAUGAGGCCUUGUCCAUCUCGAAUCCCCAGUCUUCCUCGAACCUUCGCGCCUGGGCAAACAGGCGCUGGUGGAGCCCGUCAUCCAAUAUACAACGUCCCAGACGGUCCCCAACUCCCAAGUCCCGUUUCGCUCGGCUACGCGAGGUGAGGCCUGGACACCUGAACCUUACAUACGGUCGUACAUACAUACAUACACACACAGUACAUACACGUACACAGGGCAUCCUCGAUCUCUCACUCAACCAUCCAUCCGCCAUCCUCCAUCCUCCAUCCGCCAUCACCGUCCUCUCUCUCCCCUUUCGCGCCUCACACCGCAUCUCCCUCUCCCGCUGCUCGAGUUCGGCACAUCCCGUCUCG